AUGCGGCUGGCAGCUGUGCCCAGACUCCUCGUGUCUCCCUUUGACAGGGGCAUUUGUGACCACAGCACACGGACGUCUGCUGAAUCCCAGAGACUGAAAAUACUUCUGUCUGGUGUCAACAGGAAGAAGGAAAAAGAAGUGGAAGCAGAGAAAAUAAUUCAUGAAGAGAAAAGUGAACCCAGCCUGAUCUGUCCCCCACCACGCAGCAGAAGCUAUCUUCCUCCAGCAGAUAUACAGAGCUGCCUUGAGUCUCACAUCAGGGAGAUUUUUGGAUCUUCACUGCCUGAUAAUUGGCAGCAGACACCCCUCAAAGAAAAUAGGUUAAAGUAUCGCCUCCUUGCUCAGCUGGCAGCAGAACUUGGUCAUGCUAUCCCCAAUUCACAGCUCCACCUGAUGUGUAGUGCUGGGGAUGUCUUGAAUUUCUACAGCACUCCUGUGAAGGAUGUGUCCAAGUUUGAUGAACUGUGUGCUGCAGAGCUACCCCCAAACAUGAAGAUUACCUGGGAGAAGUGAGUCGCACCACAAGGCAUCCCUUUGCUUUGCUUGUGUUCCUGAGGCAGGACUGCAGAGCAGAAGCAGAGCCCUUUCAUUGUGGUAGCAACCGAAUAUAGGAAUAUCACUAAUAAAAGUUCUCUUAGUUGUUCUUGGG